AUGUCUACAUUUGACGCAGAGACCGCCGAUAACUUAGAAGAUAUCGAAAAGCAAUUCGCAGUCAAGGCUGUUACUCAAGCUGAAACAUACUGGGGUUUGCUUGAAAAGAUUCCAGGAUCCAAGCUCAAAUUAACCAAGCACGACGAUGCAAUCUUUGAGCAACUCUUGGAAGAUUUCCCAGAAUUCAAAGAACCUGCUAAUGUUGCUGAAAUAAGCGAAGCUGCCAUGAAGAGUGUUCUGGGUAAGGCUAAAUGGAGAACCUUCUGCGAGAAAUUCAAAGAUAUUGAAGACUAUAACUUCGGAACCUUAUUGAGAACCAAGUGUGAUGAUUUCUAUACCCAAGAGGGUGCGAUUUUCGCAGUUAGAAUCCAAUUCUACGCUAUUGAAAUUUGUAGAAACAGGUAUGGAUUAAACGAUUGGAUUUCCAGGAAUAUAAGAGCUAGUGCUUAA